AUGUCAAACAUUCAGAAGGUCGAAUAUGAGGCACUCACUGUCUUCGGAGAUAACUACCUCAAAUGGGCCCUUGACACCAAGAUCUACCUCAACUCAAAAAGUCUGGGUGAAUGCAUCAAAGAUCCCAACACUGCGACUCAAACAGAACGGUACUCAGCGAUAUUUAUUAUCCGCCAUCACCUCGCUGAGUCUCUCAAGCAACAAUACCUCACUCUUGAGGAUCCACUCGAACUUUGGGUGGCACUGAAAAAGCGAUAUGACCAUCAGAAAACGGUCAUACUGCCCCAAGCCAAGUUCGACUGGAAGAACCUACGGUUCGAAGAUUUCAAAUCCGUCGAAGAAUUCAAUUCUGAACUCUUUCGGAUAGUUGCACUCAUAAAACUAUGUGGCGAGGAGGUCACUGAUAAGGAUAUGCUAGAGAAAACAUUCUCUACUUUUGGCACUCCCAAUGUUGUUCUCCAACAACAAUACCGUGCCAUGAAUCAUAGCACCUAUGAGAAUUUGAUAUCUUGCUUACUGCUUGCUGAGAAGAACAAUCAGCUUCUGUUGAGGAACAGUGCCAUGCGGCCUCCAGGAUCAGCCCCAUUGCCAGAAGGAACCAGAAAAGAGUCCAACUUCGUCCAACGUAACAGAUCCUCAGAUCGUGGAUGUGGACGUGGAAAUGGACAUGGACUGCGUGGCAGAGGACGCGGUAGACCGAACCAAGAUAACUGA